AUGUCGACUGAGAAACAGAUGGGGGACGUUACGAUAAUCCCGGCCUCUGAAGCAGAGUCGGCCUCUGCUGAAAGGAACCAACUCAAGCGCAACCUUCGUCCUCGCCACGUGCAAAUGAUCGUCAUCGGCGGAGUCAUUGGUACAGGUCUGUUCCUGGGCACCGCCAGCGACCUCAAGAAUGCUGGCCCCGCUGGCUUGCUAAUCUCCUACUGCACGAUGGCCUCGCUUCUGUUCGCGGUUAUGGUGACGAUGGGCGAAAUGGUUGCCAUGUUUCCCUUGGUUGGUGGUCAGUUCGCCCUCGCUGGUCGAUUCAACUCUCCCGAGAUGGGGUUUGCUAUGGGAUGGCUGUAUUGGUAUAACUACAUCAUCGUUCUGCCUGCCGAGAUUUCUGCUUCUGCUGUCCUCAUUUCCUACUGGACACCCGCUGGAGUCGAUGGGUCGACGUGCACGACCGGCAUCUGUAACAACGCUCUAUGGGUGGCAUUGAUGUUGAUUGUUGUGUGGACCAUCAAUUUCAGCGGAUCUCGUGUGUUCGGAGAGACCGAGUUUUGGUUCGCGUCCAUCAAAGUGAUCACGAUUAUUGGCCUCAUUAUCGCUGGUAUUGUGAUUUCGGCAGGCGGUGGGCCGAACCACGAAGCUAUCGGGUUCCGCUACUGGAAGGAACCGUUCAUGCAGUAUAAGGGCAUCCCCGGGGCAUGGGGAAGGUUCCUUGGCUUCUUCGCCGUUCUCAUCGACGCUGCGUUUGCAUUUAUCGGCACUGAGAUUACCGCUAUCGCAUCAGCAGAGUGUGCCAAUCCUCGCAAAGCUGUGCCUCGGGCAAUGAAGACCGUUUGGAUCCGCCUGGCCCUCUUUUACAUCGCUAGCGCCUUCAUGGUUGGACUCCUUGUCUCGCCUUACGACCCGUCUCUGGACCUGUCCUCGACGGCCGCUAAGAGCCCCUUUGUAAUCGCAAUUAAGAACGCCGGAAUUAAGGUCCUUCCCUCCAUCAUUAACGCGGCUCUGCUCACCAGUGCGUGGUCGUCGGGUUCGGCCGACAUGUACGUUUCCUCUCGCACACUCUAUGGGUUGUACUGCCGUGGCGCGACCCCGAGGUUUGCCGACAAGUGGCUGUCCAAGACGCGCAAGGACGGCCUUCCCUGGGUCUGCGUCCUCGUCAGCGGCGCUUUCUCACUUCUCUCCUUUAUGGCUGCCAGCCAAACCAGCUCAGCUGGAACGGUGUUUGGGUAUUUCUCCAACAUGACCGCCGUCUGCGGUAUUAUCUCGUGGUCCUGUAUUCUUUGGACUGGUAUUCGCUGGAACCACGGCCUCAAGGUUCAUAGAAUUGACCGCAAGUCGUUCCCCUACAUCGCACCCCUCCAGCCCUACCUCAGCUACUAUGGUCUCACUGUUUGCAUUUUCGUCCUCAUCUUCGCCGGAUUUACGGCUUUCAUCCACGAGUUCAACGCCUCCUCGUUUGUGACGACCUACUUCCCCAUCCCCUUCUUUGCUGUCCUCUUCUUUGGUUAUAAGUGGUUCAACAAAAGCAAGAUGGUCAAGUAUGAGGAGAUGGACUUUGUCACAGGAUGUUCCGAGGACAUCCCCGACGAGGAGCCUGAGGUGAAGGGCGUUUGGGGUUGGCUCAAGGCAAACGCCUGA